GAAAGUUCGAUAUUGUUUAUACAACAAGAGCAUGCUGAUACCUUAAAGGCUUUACAUCUUGAAAUUAACCAGUUACAGAAGAAAUGCACAGAUCUGACGUUUCAGUUAACCAUGCAUGGUUUAAACAUUGAAGAUUCAGACACAAAUAAUAAAUAUCAAGAAUUAAAGAAAGAAUUGGAUGAAAAAGUUUUAUUGUUGAAGCAGAAAGACUCUCAACUUGUUUCUAAAGAUGAAAAAAUCAAGGAAUUGGAACAGACGGCGAAAGUGUAUAAAAAGAAAUAUUUGGACGAGUCUCGGAAACAGGCAGAAAUUGUGAAUAAAUUGAAAGCAGAUGUGGAAACGAAAUCGUGUACUGUGGCCUAUCUCACGUCCAAAUUACAUCAAAGUAAA